AUAUGUGCCAUCAUAUUCAUGCCAUCCUUCCUCAGCGUCUCUCUCUAUCUCUUCCCCUCACAACUUCCUUUCUUUCUCUAGCUCUUCCCCCUUCUUUCCUCACUCUUCCAUGACCUUUCGAGAGAUGAAGGACUCGAGUCGUAAUCUCAGAUUUCUUGAAAUCUUUCUCAGACUCUCUGUACUUCCCCUCACCAUUGCAUCAGCAUUCACGGUGGUAGAGACCAAGGAUUCAACUGAUCUGUAUGGCAAGGUUGUGUUCACCAAUGUCUCUGGCUUCAAGUUCUUGUUCUCAGUGAACUGCAUCUCUGCCCCCUAUGCUCUAAUCUCAGCAACCCUAUUGAUGAGCCUUAGAGAAGACAAAACUUCAUCUACAUGGGGUUUCUUUCUUCUAGAUCAGCUUUUAGCUUAUCUAAUGGUGACAUCAAGCUCAUCAGCAGCAGAGCUUCUCUAUCUGGCUCAUGAGGGAGACAGAGAGGUGUCAUGGAGUGAGGUGUGCAGCUACUUCGGGAACUUCUGCAGCAAAGGAAAAGCCUCACUGGUUCUCCAUUUUCUUGCUCUCCUCUGCUUCAUUUGUCUGUCUUUGAUCUCUGCUUUCAGGGUUUUCAGAAACUUUGAACCUCCUCCAGUUUCUGCUAAAGGAGAGGGGAGACAGGGUAAUGAUGCCCAUUGAAGAAGCUAUGAUCUGAAUCAAGCGUGUUUGGCUUUUCUUUGUAAAUGCUUAUGUUUUACUUUAUAAGAAAUGAAAUGUUAUUUGUGGCAAUGCUAUGGUUAA